CCUAAAUUGAAUCUAAUCUCAAAUGGAGUUUUCCUUAGCUCUUACUUGUCUCAUGGCCAUGGCCUUAGCCUUGGUCCUUCCCUCCCAUGCCCAAAACUCGCCUCAAGACUACCUUAACGCUCACAACACAGCUCGAACGGCUGUCGGUGUUGAACCGAUGACUUGGGACGACACCGUGGCUGCCUAUGCACAGAGCUAUGCUAAUCAGCGCAUUGGUGAUUGUGACCUUGUGCACUCUGGUGGACCUUACGGUGAGAACCUUGCCUGGGGCAGCGGCGACCUAUCCGGCACUGACGCCGUAACAAUGUGGGUUAAUGAGGGUGCCGACUACGAUUACGGCUCCAACAGUUGUGCUUCAGGCAAGGUUUGUGGGCAUUACACUCAAGUAGUUUGGCGCAACUCGGUUCGUCUUGGUUGUGCUAAGGUGACAUGCGACAGUGGUGGAACUUUCAUUACUUGCAACUACGAUCCUGCAGGCAAUGUUAUUGGUGAAAAGCCGUACUAAAAAGUUUAUUUUCAUUAAAAAUCUUCCAAAAUAAAAAUGCUAU